AUGAAUAAAGAAUAUUACAAAGCUUUUGGAAUUCCAGCUGGUUCGGAUAUCAAAUUGGUAAAGAAAACAUAUAAAGCAAAGCAGGGGGAGUUGCAUCCAAAUGGAGCAACACGUAGAAAAAUAAGAAGCUCGCCAGAAUAUCAAAAGUUAUCACAAGAAGAGAAAGAUGCAAAAGAGAAGCAAUUCGAUGAGGAAAUUGCUAAGAUUAAUCUUGCAUAUUCUGUAAUUGGUGACGAGGAGAAGAAGAAACAGUACGAUGAGGGUACAGGCGAAUACGGUGCAUUCAACGGCUUUUCAGGUGGUUUUGGAGGAUUUGAAGAUUUAUUCAGCAGCUUUACUGGGGGGCAAUCUAGACAGAGAACUCCAAAGACUGAAGACACGGUCACAAAUCUGAAGAUAACUCUGAAAGAAUCAUAUACAGGGAAGGUUACUAAGUUCAAGAUAAAUUCAUUGAAGCCAUGUAAGCCGUGCUCCGGGAAGGGAUAUUCCAAGGUUACGAAAUGUUCAACCUGUGGAGGUAGAGGAAGAGUGAUUAUCCAGAGAAACUUGGGGCUUAUGGUAACUAGGCAGGAGGUCCCAUGUGAUAGAUGCCGUGAGGAGGGAGAAAUUGGAGAGGGACCACCAUGUACUGUGUGUAAAGGACAAAAGGAAAGGGCAGUCAAAGCCCAGGAUGCACAUCUGGAGAUGUUAUUUUCAAGAUCCCAAGUUUCGAAGAAAUGGCGACAAUCUGAUUGGCGGAAGAAUGGCGAUAAAAAAGGUGAUUUGUUCAUUGAGUUGAAUGUGAAGAUUAACAAGAAUCUAAACAGAAGUAGUCUAAGUUCUGUGCUAUCGCCACUGAUUAAUAAGCCAGAAGGAUCGUAUCAAAGUAUUAAUGGAGCAUUUUCACGAAUACCCGAAGCUAGUAAAGGCUAUUCUCAAGAGGAUUCUGAUGACGAUUAUGCACAUAAUUCCUCGGAAAUGCUCAUCGAAUCUGAAUAUAAGCUAUGGAAGAAGAACAUUCCAUAUUUGUAUGAUCUGGUUUAUACUAAUGUUCUUUCUUGGCCAACCCCAAGCUUUCCAGAUCUAGUAGACGAGGAUGUUCUGAAUAAUGUCAAUAUUACAUUUUCACAAUCACAAUCUAUUCCUGUAGAGGUUGAAAUAAAUAAAGCGAGAUACUGUCCCCAGGCCACAAAUCUAAUAGCCUGUAAAACAGAAGGUUCUAAUAUCUUAAUAUAUGACUAUACAAACCAUGGAUCGCACGGAUCUACAAAUCCAGCCGAUUCUAUUCUUGAGGGACAUGAUGAUGGUGGAUUUGCAAUUGAGUGGAAUCCAAACAGAUUUGGAGAGAUACUCUCAGGAGGUAGGGAUAAGAUGAAUGCCCACUGCUCCACUAUCGAAGCUGUAGAUUUUUCUCCAUUAAAGACCGAGCUGCUAGCCACAUCUUCUAGCGACUGCUCAGUAAAAAUUUGGGACAAAAGAUACAUUCAAAAACCCCUUCUUACUCUUCGUGGCCACAGAAAUGAUGUGCUAACGGUUAAGUGGUCUCCCCAUUACGAAUCGAUCCUUGCAUCAUCCUCGAAAGAUCGUCGAGUCAUACUAUGGGAUCUCAAUAGAAGUGAUAUCCAAUGUGGGGAUGAAUCUCCAGAGAUACUCUUUAUACAUGGGGGCCAUACCAGCACAGUGGAAGAUUUUGAUUGGAAUACAGCUGAACCGAUGGAAAUAUGCAGUGUAUCUUCAGAUAAUGUGUUAAAUAAAACUAACGUCGGAGUGAAUGCUGUUAGAAAUCCAGAUUGUUCACUAUAUGGCGAUGAGAUCCAGAUAGAUAGAUCUAUAUUCGCACCACUUGUUAUCGGAUUCACAUUGGGUUUUUUGGCAUUUUUAGCAUCUACGACGUCUGGAGGAGCAUUUAAUCCUGGAAUAAAUUUGCAGGAGGAUUGGCAGGAGCACUGGUUCAAUUACUCCUUAGGAUAA